ACAAGAACGAUAACGAGUUUAUUGUGGAAUUGUUGGAAUAAUGAAAAAGACUGCUAACUGUUCACUCAAUUCAUGUAAUUAAUGUCGUGGUUUUUGGCCUUUUUCUCAAAUUAAGUUCACAUGAGCCAUAGUAUUGUCACCCUCUCCAUCUCUCAUUUCUUGUCUUCUCCUGUCAAUUCAUUAUUUGCAUUUUACAUGAAACUUCUUCUUCAAUAUUACAGGUUUUAAACCCCUAUUUUAAGCAUUUUUUCUUCUUUAAUCUUCUUGUUUCGUCUUUUUUAAUUUCUGGGUUUUAAAGGUUUUGCUGUGAAAUUUUGCAGUUUUUUGUGGGGUUUUUUUUUUUGUUGGUGGGGUUUUUUUUUUUCAGUUUCUGAAAUUAAUACCCAGUUGCAGAAUUCCGCCAUUGUUGAAAAGCUUUGAGUUUUUAGGGGUCCCAUUAAAGUAUGCAUGAUUGAAGACAUGGCUGCAACUUCAGCGGUUCUAAAUGAUACUGCAGUUGAGUAUGCUUCUAGUGGUUCAGUUGAUAAUGGUUCCAAUUCUCGGUUGGAUGAGGGUCAGUGCCAUUGGUUUUCUCCCAAGGCAAGCAAUUAUACUGAAGCCGAAAAUGGGGGAUACUAUGGCAGAGGUGAUGGUGUUUUUGAUUACAAAUUUCAGCUUGAGAAAGAUGUUCGAAGUUUGCAUCAACAGCUGCAGGAGGAAAAGGAGUUGCAUGUGACUCUGGAACAUGCUGUCGAAAAGAACGUCAUGGAGCUUUCUACUCCAUCUCACUUUCCUCAGCGUACAGUGGAGCUUUUGUCCAGUAUUACAGCACUAGAGGCCUCAAUUUCAGAACUUGAAGAAGAGAUGGUUUCUCUCCAUUAUCAACUCAGUCAAGAAAGAAAUGAAAGGAAACUUGCCGAAUAUCGUUUGCAACGUUCUUAUUCUAAGAAGACAUCUUCACCUUCCUGGCAGGGGAGCCAAUUGUCUCCAAAAAUGUAUCCCAAGGAUAGUGGGGCUGUGAAUGUUGGAAAGCUCACUAAGGAGCUUUCUUCUAAGGGUCUAUGGAAUCAUCCUAAUCGAUUAUCAGAGGAGAUGGUGCGAUGCAUGAGAAGUAUUUUUAUCUCUUUGGCAGAAUCUUCUCCUUCGUCAAACGAUAUCACAAUGGAUACCCCGAGUUUACCUCAUGCUCAUCCUUCAAAUGCACCAUCAUGGUCACUAUCUGAACACUUGAUGGUUCCCAUGUGGGCGAAAAGCCCACAGAUUGAUUUGCCGCGUGAUUCUGAGGUGCUAGGAACAGAAGGUACUUUUGACCCUUAUAAAGUAACUGGAAAAUUAAGUUGGAUGGAGAUUGGGAGAUAUGGAGUGGCAAUAGAAGUUUCUUGGAUGUCAGUAGGGAAAAGCCAGCUGGAAUAUGCUGCAGGAUCUCUGCGGAGAUUCAGGAUACUUGUUGAGCAAUUGGCCAAAGUGAAUCCUAUCCUCUUGAGCAGUGAUGAAAAGCUGGCUUUCUGGAUCAACUUAUAUAAUGCCUUGAUUAUGCAUGCUUAUCUAGCAUAUGGGGUCCCACGAAGUGAAGCAAAGUUUUUUUCGCUGCUGCAAAAGGCAGCAUAUACCGUUGGAGGCCAUUUAUUCAGUGCUGCUGUCAUUGAGUAUGUGAUUCUGAAGAUGAGACCACCGAUUCACCGUCCCCAAAUUGCCCUGCUGCUCCCUCUUAAUAAGCUAAAGGUAUCCGAGGAACAAAAGAAAUUCGCAAUUGAUUCUUAUGAACCAAAUAUCGCAUUUGCCCUCAGUUGUGGGAUGUACUCAUCGCCUGCGGUUCAGGUGUUCACAGCAAAGAAUGUUAGAGAUGAACUUGAAGCAGCACAACGUGAUUUUAUUCGGGCUUCAGUUGGUGUGAGUAGCAAAGGGAAGUUGCUGGUGCCAAAGAUGCUGCACUGCUUUACCAGAAAUAACGUAGAUGAUUCAAAACUCGCUCAAUGGAUAUCGCGUUAUCUGCCUCAGGACCAGGCUGCUUUUAUUGACCAACACAUAACUCAAAAGCGUCAGAAACUCUUUGGCUCUCGAAAUUGUGGGGUCCUUCCUUUUGAUUCUCGGUUUCGCUACCUUUUCGUGCCUGAAUUGGUUUACUAGUAAUGGCAUGCCUGUUCAGUGUAGUUCAGCAUCAACUCUGCUUGAGUACAUGGCGGCUUAAAUGCUACCCAGACCUGCAGUGUAAAUCAGGAAUAGGAGGGUAUAGAGUGGGACAAUGGGUGCUUUUUUUUUUAUCCCAAGGAGCAAAAUUUAGUUCAAAUUUCUGGUACAUAUAAAUGUAAAUACAUAUCAGUGUAAUCAUAAAUUUGUCAGUGCAAAUAAAUUUAGUUUCUUCAAUUUGAA